AUGUUCGAAACAUUACCCAGUGAAGUUUUACUUGAUGAAAUAUUUGUCUAUUUAUCAAUACAAGAGUUGUUUCAUUCAUUAUUCUCAUUAAAUAGGCGUAUCGAUAAUUUGUUAAUAUCUUAUACACGUCACAUAAAUUUAUCUUUAUUAUCUCUUAGAGAUUUUUCAAUUUAUUGUAAUGUCAUUUUUCCUAUUGUAACUCCAAAUCUUAUAUCAUUAACAUUAAGUAAUGAAUUUAUUCAUCAUUUAAUAUAUGCAUUUACUGAAGCAGUUAAAAAAUGUUCAUUUUCAAAUCUUCAAUCAUUAACAUUAAUUGGUGUAUGUAAUGAUGAAAUAAAACAUAUUAUGGAAAAACUUAAUAAUUAUUCAUCAUUAAUAAUAAUUAAUAAACAUCAAUGUUCAUUUGAUGGUAAUUUAUUUAAUAAUCGUUCUCUAAAAUUUUGUUCAAUGGAAAAUAUAUAUUUUCAACAUCUACCUUAUUGUUCAAAGAUUGUUCAUUUAAAAAUUAAUAUAUUAAAUAUCUAUGAUUUACAAAAAUUAAUUAAUAGUAUUGAUCAUCUUCAAAUUCUUAAUCUUACAUUAUCAGAAUGUGAAAAAAUAAUGGAUUAUGAUGAAUUUAAAAAAUCAAUUAAAAUACAUCCAAAAGAAUUAAUAAGUUUUCAAUUAAAUAUUGUUGAUAAUCAUAAUUUUAUAUUUACACAAUUAGAAUAUUUAAUGAAACAUUAUAUUUCACCUUGUCGUCUUCAAACAUUUAUAUUUCAUAAUAAUUAUAGUACCGAUACAAAUUAUAUUCGUGGUUAUCAAUGGCAAACACUUUUAUCAUUAUAUCCAAAUUUAUUAAAAUUUCAUUUUUAUAUUGGUGUUAGUAUUCAUUAUUAUUGUGGACAUAAACGAGAAAUUAUUAAUGAUAUAGAUUCAUUUCGAACAAAAUUUUGGAUAAAUGAAAAUCGACAAUGGUUUAUACAUUAUUCAACAUAUCAUGAAAUUAAUGGACAUUGGUGUGGUACACAUCAAUAUGAAAGAAUUAUUAUGUAUUCUUUACCUUAUUAUUUUAAUUCACUUCAUGUUAUGUCAUCAGAUUAUCAAACAACAUUAAUCGAUAAUAAUUUAUUAACGUAUAAAAAAGUUCGUCAUCUUUAUUAUGAUUGGCAAUCAUCAAUGCCACUUGUAACAGUAUUAAAACAAUGUCCAAAUAUUAAAACACUUUUAUUAGAAGGUAUGCAUGAUGAAAAUGAUACGGGAGAUGAAUUAUGUAAUAUGAAUAUUAAAUCAUUAAAAAAAAUAAAUUUACUUGAUGAUAGAUAUUUUCAUAUGACAAAUCGUCGAGUCAAUGUUGACUAUUUAGCACGUUUAUUAAAAAUAGCACCAAAUAUUUAUUAUAUAAAAGAUAAUUAUGAUCAUCUUAAACAAUUAAUAACAUCAAUACCUAAUAGAUGUAUAACACAUUUACAUUUAAGAUAUGAAGGUGUUAAAUAUGUUUAUGAAAUUUCAUUAUCAUUUUCAAAUUUUUUUCCAAAUUUAAUAUAUUUACAUAUGGAUACAAUAUUUUCUCAACCAUAUAAUUUUUAUAUUAAAAAUUUAUUAGUAAUAUUAAAAAGUUUUCCAAAAUUAAUUUAUUUUUCAAUUGGACAAGAUGUUUGUGUAUUUUUAAAUGACAAAGAUGAUGAUUGUAAUUCAAUGAUAACAGCAACAAUUGACGAAAUUCGUGAAUGGAUUAAAAAUAAUUGUUCAUUAAAUAAACCAUAUCAUUAUAAAAUUGGUCAAGGUACAUUUGGUGAAGUAUUUAAAGCAAAAUGUAAUGAAACAAAUGAUUUAGUAGCAAUGAAAUUAAUACUGAUGGAUCAAGAAAAAGAAGGUUUUCCAAUAACGGCAUUAAGAGAAAUUAAAAUACUUCAAGAAUUAAGACAUAAUAAUAUUGUUCGUUUAAUUGAUAUAUGUCGUUCUCCAAUACAAGAUAUGAAAAGUAAAUUUUAUUUAAUAUUUGAAUUUUGUGAUCAUGAUUUAGCUGGCAUAUUAAGAAAUAUGCAUAUUAAAUUUUCAUUGGGACAUAUCAAAUCAAUUUUAGAUCAGAUAUUAAAUGGUUUAUAUUAUAUUCAUAAGAAUAAUAUUAUUCAUCGAGAUUUAAAGUCGGCUAAUAUAUUGUUAACACGUAAUGGUUUAUUAAAACUGGCGGAUUUUGGCUUGGCUAGGGUUUUAAAACAACCCAAACAAAAUCAAGAAAAUCGUUAUACAUGUCGUGUUGUUACGUUAUGGUAUCGUCCACCAGAAUUGUUGUUAGGCGAAAGAGAUUAUGGUGCAGCUAUCGAUAUGUGGGGUGUUGGAUGUAUCAUGUGUGAACUUUGGACAAGAACACCAAUAUUGCAAGGUGAUACUGAACAACGUCAAUUAGAAUUAAUAUCUCGUUUAUGUGGUAGCAUUGAACCAUGUGUAUGGCCUGGUCUAGAUAAUCUUCCACUUUAUUCUCGAAUACAUCUUCAUCUUCCAAAAGGUGAAAAACGAAAAGUUCGUGAUCGUAUGUCUGUUCAUAAUUCUGAUCCAUCGGCACUUGAUCUUAUCGAUAAAUUAUUAACAUUGGAUCCGAAACAACGUAUUGAUACUGAUUUAGCAAUGAGUCAUGACUUUUUUUAUAAUGAUCCACCAGCGUGUGAAUUAGCCUCAUUACUCUCAAAAUGUGAUUCCAUGUUUGAAUUGAAAGAAGUAUCACGUAUACAUCAUCAAAAUCAAAAAUUGCAUCAACAACAACGGCAAAAACAAUUACAAGAACCAAAAUCAUCACAACAGCAGCCACAAACCAAACCGAAUAUGCUAAAUUUACCAUCAGAGCCAAUUUAUUAA